GCGCCAUGUGCUUGCGGCGACCUUGGCAAUUCUCCAUGCAACAACAUUGGGUUCACUUGGUCAAGAUGCCGCCGGUCCUUGGAUGGAUCGCGGCGGUCGCCGUCUUGUGCGUAUCUGGCGUCCAUCCGUCGGCGUCUGCAGAUGUCCCUCCGACCAGACAAGUCCAUCGUUCCCUCGGGUGGAUCUCUGGCAUGUACUCGAUCGGGCGGGACGACGACGCAGCCACGUUUCGCCUCAGUGUCGUCGACGGAUACCUAAAAGCCAGCGCCCCCGCAGCCGACGACGGCAACGGCUCCCCGCGUCGACAAACCUGGCGUGUCUUUCGCGCCCACGAGUCAGACGAUCGCAAUAUGCUGCAGCAUGUCGUGGAAGGAACGUGUCUCGACGCGUGGAGCCACAAGUGGAUGAAAACCCCGCUCGUUCACUCGUUUGAAUGCUCCGCGAACGAAACCCACCAGCAUUGGAUAGUCCACCCCUCUGCAAUGGGGCACGCGUGGAUUCAGCCGCACUACCUGUCCGAAUGGUGCUUGACCGUCGCCUUUCCCAACGCGACCGCGUCUGGCCAGCCAGAGUUUGCCGACCCAACACUCGAUCGAUGUGCGGAAGGGCGACACGACCAGCUAUUUUAUUUCUACCCGUAGUAAUGCACCAUGCAUGCAUUAUCUUGAAAGGCCCUGGCGCGUCCAGCGCAGUCGCCUUCAUCGAUUCAUUGCCGCUUGAACUAGCGCCUCCACGACGGCAAGAACUUCCGCCGCCGUGUCUCCUUCGUUGAGAGCAGUCGCUUCGGAAGCGGCGGUCUUGGGUUGUGGAACCGCAG